UGAUUCAUGAGAAAUAAUAAUUAAUAUUUAAUUUAAAACCUAUACUCUAAAAGAUGCAAUUUUCACAAAUUCAAAGCAUUUACAACAACAUGUACUCAGCUCCAGCUCAAUCAAGCUUCCCAUACUGCCUUGGAGGUCUCAGUGGACUCAUUCCUGCUUUCUCAGAGGAAUUGAACCAUGACAACUCAAGUUUUGGUGCAAAUGAUGCCUGCAAGAGCUCUCAUGACAGUACAUCUCAGGGUUCUUACUGAAAUAAGAGUUUCUGCAAGAUCAUCGACAAGAACUCACUGAACUCUCAAUGCAUGGAACUUAACAAAGAAAAUAGUCAAAUUGGCUAUGAAAAACAGUGCAACACUGAAUCUUCUUCUUCAAAGUCCUUCAUCACUAUCAGAGAUGUAAAGAUCGCUCCUACCAUCAGUCAGGAUAAAAAUCAAAAUGUUUCUUCUGAGAAGGGAAUCAAACAGAAGUCAAAGAGAAAAGCUGCCAACAAGGCAAAAAUCCCUCAAAAUUUGAUCGAAAACAGGAAACAAGAGAUCCUCGCCUCUCUUGAGAAGGUCUCCGAUGCUUCUAAAGAGGUUAUCCAAGCUGUCCCACGUAUUUCUACUGGCAGCAAAAGAGGAUCAAAUUACAGAGGUGUCUCUGUGAACGGCAAGAAAUGGCAGGUUAUGGUAAUGGGCUUCGGAAAGAAAAGAUAUUACGGAGGCAUUAAAGACCAACAGGAAGCUGCCAGACUCUAUGACAAGUACGCCAUCCUCACCCAAGGAGUUGGGGCCAAGACCAACUUUAGUUAUACCAAAGAGCAAGUUCUCUGCAUCCUCAACGAGAAUCUUAAGUUCGAAUAAGCCUAUUGUGGCAACUAACUCUUCUAACUUAACUAAUAUAAUUUUUCUUCAAAAGGUCUUCUAAGAGGUCUUUAAUG